UCGGAGCUCCCUGCGCUUUCAUGGGCUCGCUGGCGCCGGGCCACGUAGCCAACCUGUUUCCUUGGCCACUCCCUGGAGCCCGCUUCAGCUUCCCACCUUCUCCUUCCUUGCUUCCAGCAGACCCUCUCCGGUGGAUGUGACAUGGCCCUUCUCAAGUCCCUUAUCCUGCCUGUGCUUGUGGCAGAAGGCAGUUAGGAUAUGCUGUACCCACCCUCCCUCGGGGACGUCCUGCAUCCAUGGUCCCAGGGUCCAGGCCCGCAGUUUCUUUCCCAGCUGAGGGGGCAGGGCCAGGGUUUGUGUCCCUGUUGUUCACUGAAGCAGCGAGAGGUCCCUGCCUAAGGACACCCCGAUGCCACGUGCUAAAGCUGGGCCCAGACCCACGCCUCCCCGCUCAUCAGUUGGGAGGCUACAGCCCAUCGUGGCCCACACACUUUCUCCAUGGUGGCUGCUGCAGGGACCCAAGAGCCCUUUGAUCCCUGGCACUGCCGACUCAGCAAGCGCUUAUCAGGAAGUGAGGCCCACACUUUGCCCACUGUGGGCACAGAGGCAGGCUGCCAGGUUGCUGGCCUGUAAAGCACAGCCCUUUGAACCCUGGUUUGAGAGGGGCUGCUGCCAGAGCCCAGCCCCGAGCCGCAGCCAGAUUCCCUUCCUUUUGAACUGGCUUGAAGCAAAUAGUGGGGCAAGAGCCUGCCCUGUGAAGUGGGACAGAGGGACCCGGGGCCAACAGUUGCUCACUUGUCAGCCCUCUUCAGCAGCUGUCCUCCCUCCCCGCUAGAGCAAGACCGUGCCUCUUGCUUUGGGUGGACCCACCUUUGUGGAGCAAUCACGCUGAGAGGUGGGCCAUUCCAAAUUCUCCCCAUGAGUUCAACAAACACCAAGUGACCCCCUACCACGUGCCUGGCACUGCGGGUGCAGAAAGUUAUUUGGCAAACCAACCCGUAUUUUCCAUGCUGUGGGGAAGCUACUGUUUAAAGGACCCUUGAGAUGUAAGACAAGGAAUGAUGCCCUGACGUGGCACCUUUAUACAAUUCCGUAUUGUCCAGCUUUGGUGUUGCCGAAAGUGGGGUCCGGCCAUAGUGAGAAAGGCCAGGAUGGUGGCUGGACUACUGGGCAUUGUUACCAGAGCCUGGUGACCGGACACUGCAUUUCCAAAGAGCUGGGAGGGGUGGAGUGACCUCCUUGUUCUGCUGGUGCCGUCUUCCUGAGGGGCCACCCCCCAGCUCACUCUGAUUGGAGGGGAUUCUGAGCAGGAGUCCUGGACCAGGUCCAUGCUGAGGGGCCUCAGGCACUGGAGGGCUGGCCACGCUGUGGAAGGAGCGGGCAGUGAGCCGGCCCACGAGGCAGCACCACCUCCUGGCUGGGCGUCAUGGAGGCAGGUGUAGAGGGAGAGGCAUCAGCGUUAGGACGGAAGGACUUCAGAGAGAGGAAUACCAUGGGGAAGAGCAAGCAGAGGGCACCUGGGGACAAAGGAUCCCCUUGGUAAUUAUUAAUACUGCCUGGGCCUUGCCUGAUACAGGCCACAGUGCCCUCACCUGCUUGAUUCAAACAGGGUACAUGUUCUCGGUGCCAAAUCUACUCCAUCUAGCUUUAUGAACAUGAGCAGAUCCUUUCCAGCUUGAAUCAGACUGUAGGCCAGGGUCAGGGUUGGAGUUUGCUUCAGUCAGGACCUAAAAGAAUGUCCCUCAGGGUUUUUGUUGCCGAGCUUCAGCCGGGCUCUCCUGCCUCUCCUGCCCCCACACAGCCCGUGACGGUGAAUCCCAGACCCUUCCUAGCCUCUCUGCUUGCACCCCAGAGUCCCCGGUGGCCCUGCCACCUCCCCUCCAGUCCCCAAACCCCCGUCGAACUGCACCUCCCCGGGUUACUCCGCCCCGGCAGUUUUGUCCUGGACGACCUCCGCCGCUAUUCCGUGGACCUACGCUACACGGUCUUUCAGACCACGGGCUCCGUCCCCAUCUCCACAGUCAUCAUCAGCGAGGCCAGUGGUAGCCGCACCAUCCUACAUGCCUACAGCUUCCUGGUGGCUGACUUCAGGCAGCGGGGCGUGGACGUGUCUCAGGUGGCCUGGCAGAGCGGCGGGGACACCCCAUGCUCUUGCUGCAUCGUCAACAACGGCAAUGGUUCCCGUACCAUUGUGCUCUACGACACGAACCUGCCAGAUGUGUCUGCUAAAGACUUUGAGAAGGUUGAUCUGAGCCGGUUCAAGUGGAUCCACAUCGAGGGCCGGAACGCCUCAGAGCAGGUGAAGAUGCUGCAGCGGAUAGAACAGCACAAUGCCAGGCAGCCUCCGGAGCAGAAGAUACCGGUGUCUGUGGAGGUGGAGAAGCCGCGAGAGGAGCUGUACCAGCUGUUUGGCUACGGAGACGUGGUGUUUGUCAGCAAAGACGUGGCCAAGCACUUUGGGUUCCGGUCGGCAGAGGAGGCCCUGAGGGGCCUGUACGGUCGCGUGAGGAAGGGGGCUACCCUGGUCUGUGCCUGGGCUGAGGAGGGUGCUGACGCCCUGGGCCCCGAUGGACGGCUGCUCCACUCCGACGCUUUCCCACCGCCCCGGGUGGUAGACACUCUGGGGGCUGGAGACACUUUCAACGCGUCAGUCAUCUUCAGCCUGUCCCAGGGGAAGAGCAUGCAGGAGGCGCUGAGGUUUGGCUGCCAGGUGGCCGGCAGGAAGUGCGGCCUGCAGGGCUUUGACGGCAUCGUGUGAGUGUCCUGUGGCAGGAGGCACUGGUUCACACCCCGCCCCAGGCCAGCAUCACUGGCUGCCGUUGCCCCCUCCUCUCUGGCCAGCCUGGCAUUGGGCUGCCUUGCUCUCUGGGUGGACGCAGGCUGCGGGAGGGCUCCCCGUGUGACCUGGCGUCUCACCUGGCAGAGCUGCAGAGCGAAUAAAUCUUCCCCAGAGCCGGCUUCCUUCUGGCAGUCUGUCCAUCUUUGAUGUCCUAGCUGCUCUGGCUGGGGAUUCCGGAGGCUUUGAUCCGACAGUCCUUUGCCCUCUUUUUCUCUAUUCCCCACGUUCAC